AUGGAUGUAGCCAGAGGCAGGGGCGCUGUGGGCGUGGCCGAGAUUCCUACUCUGUCUGUAGUGCAACCUCAGCAGGUGUAUCCUGUUCCCAGCACCGCAUCCCAAGAGUCUGUCUGCUGUGGGUGCCGCUUGAGCCCCAGGGACCGCCUGCCUGGACCCAGAGUACAGGCUGUUCUCCCUUAUUGGGUGCCCCUGACCCUGAGAUCCCCGAAGCAGACCCAGAAGAUGGCCCAGGCUCGUGUUCUCAGGAAUGCCAAUGGCUGCUCUUGCCCCUGCCACCGGUUUGGGGGCCGCCUCCCGACACCCAGAGACCAGGCAGUGAUGCCCUAUUGGGUGCCACAGCGCCUGAGGAGGCAGAGGGCUGACCGACCACAUGGCCUCAUCUUGCAGGUGGAGAAGAGGCAGCAGAGGCCUACAGGCCUCCCAGGUAACUGCCCCAGGAAGGGGCGGGGUGGGGUGAUCCUCAUCUGCAGCGAACUCCACACCCAGUGGGUUCGAGGGGCUUCUAUUUUCUUGGAGAUCAUCGCCAAUGUUGCAGACCGCCCCCUGGACGCGCCAUCCCGGUACAGACAGUGGCGGAUUUGCUGUGAUAGACCCCUCCUCCUCCUCAAGUGGCAGCAGCUACAGGCACCCCAGGCCCUGGGUGAGGUGGCUGACUUCCCCGAGCUGCCCCUCCUGCCCUUCGGCCUCAGCCUCCUGACCCUCCUGCAGGCUGUUCUGAGAGUCCUGGCCAUCAUCCGGGGAGUGGCUUUCCGCAGCCUGGCAGAACUGGUGCUGAGGGCUUCCGCACGGCCAGCUGCAUUCAGAGGCCAGCGGCUCGCUCUCCCCGCCCCCGCCUGUGCACACGGAAACAGCCCGCUGGACGCUGCCUGGACCAGUGAGGCCAGUGUUGGGCCCCCACCUGAGGGCUGGCACGGGCCAGCUGUCUUCUCUGUGCCCAUGACGGGCCCUCUGCCAGGCCAGCUGGGGCUCAGCUCCCUUCACACGCUGCCCCGUCUUGACCGUCCUCACCAUCACUGCUGUGUGGCUUUAUGUCUGAAGCAUGUUCUGUCGGAUUCUGUGGAAAUGGAACAGACCACCUACCCAGCCUGCCGUCCCGACGUCUCUGCCAAGUGCAGCAUGUCACCAUGUGUCAGGCAGCCCCUCCACCCAAGACACUCAGGCAGUGGUCCUAAGAAGUCAAUAACCGGUACUCGGGGCCCCCAAGCCCUUCAUGCUGGGCAUAGCCUCUCGGUGGUAACCCCCAAGCAGACCCCACCCCCUGCCAUGGCGCCCACCAUGACCCUGAGACGAGAGGUGAUUGAAUGCAACCUGGGCCGCCUUCCAUCAGUGCGCCGCAGCCUGGAGAGCAGCACAGCUAGGUUCCCUCCCGUGUUGGAGCUGAUUUCGCAGGGAGGCUUCCACCUCCUCACUAGUUCUCACUGGGCUGUGUUCUGGACAAAGGAGCUGGGGCAGCGGAAGGCGCCCCUGGUCGAGAGUCCCGGCCCCUCGGGCAGGGAGCGGACACACGUGGGACGCUGCCCUCCGUCCUCCCCGGCUCGAGGCCACAUCGUGUCGCCGGGGAGAGGCGCCCACUGCCGGUAA